AUGUCGGCACAGGCCGUCCCGGACACCCAGUUAGGCCUCGAUGCCGAGGAAAUCCAACUGCUACGCCAGGGCCAAGCGGCGCUGGGAGGGGGAUCCAGCAGCUCGCGCGCCGCCAGCCGCGCCAGCAGCCAGGGCCUCUUGAUGCUAGAUAGCUCAUCGCUAUCAGCUCUGGGUCGCUACUUUGACCAUCUCAUGGCCAGCAUCGAGCAGCGGAUACAGCACCUAAGCUACGAAGCACAGCGCUUUACGCAGCUGCAGUACGACGAAGCCGAUGGUAUCAUUGGGGGAGCCGACGCUGAGAUCGCUCGCUACACCGAGAUCCUCCAGCAGCUGGAUGAGCUUGAGGUGGACUUUGACCGCAUCGCCCAUAUCAAGGAGAUCGUCAAGGGUUACAGGUCCAGGGUUGAGAGCUUGGAGCGCGAUCUCGACAGCAGCAGUACCUCGAGCCGGCAUCAUCACCACAGACACUCGUCGUCGCACCAUUCGUCCCAUCGCCACAGCCACGGCCACAGCUCCCAUCGUCACAGCACCUCCCACCGUUCACGACAUUAA